CUCAGUCUCCAGCAAGUUAUGACUCAAGACUUUGCCAGACAACAGAACUCGUCUCGGUGUUGCGAAUGUUUUCUGGGUACAGACUGUAUCAGGUUGCUGGAUUCUAUCGCUGUCUCUGUGUGUGAGCUUUUGCUGUAAUGCGUAAAGAACUGCGGGGAUUUAUUCAGACGGAGUCAAGAACGCACCAUGGACGCGUGCUUUAGCCAAAAUGCAUCUGUGCUUUUCUAAAGAUCUCGUGCCAUAGAUGAUAUGCCUGCACAGAGACACUUUCACAUCUAAUUCCAGGAUUAUAAUUACUUAAACCAAAACUUUGUCCAACUCAGUAUCCAACUUUCCCAACAGGUGCGCACUUGCAUUGCGCUGCAGCAGGUCUGGAAGCUUUGAAGGAGGAUUUCUCUUGAUUUCAGGAAAUAUAAAUUUCACUUUUUCCAGAAGGACUGAUGAUCAAGAUUAUGUGGAUUCUACUCUGCGUUUAUCCUCUCCAAAUGUGUCCAAAACAGCACUGGUGUCCUGUAAACGACGCAUGUGUGUGGUGAUACAAACCAUCCCGUCAACAGCGCUUUCUGAUCGCCAACCACCACUCAUCCAAAUGAUCCUUCCAUUAUUAUUCCUUCUUGCAUCGCUUCUCCAACAAUAUGGCUCGGAAGCUGAAUCAAGUCAUGUCAGCAAAUUUCACCCUCCAAGUGUAAAGGAGCAAAACGGAGUGCAAGAUUCCCAUCAGGAGAAGAUCGUAACAGUAUCUGGCGAGGGGAUGCUCCACAGCCCAGAUUUCCCACGCACGUAUCCCAGGAAUACCGUGUUGGUCUGGAGACUAGUGGCAUCCAGUAACAUGAGGAUCCAGCUCACCUUUGAUGAGAGGUUUGGUUUGGAGGACCCUGAAGAUGGCAUAUGCAAGUACGACUUUGUGGAGAUAGAGGACCCGAUUGAGAAGACCAUCCUGGGUCGCUGGUGUGGGUCACAGUCAGUACCAGCUAGUCACACUUCCAAAGGCAGUCAGAUCAGGAUCCACUUCAUCUCUGAUGAGUACUUCCCCUCUGAGCCAGGAUUCUGCAUCCACUACUCCCUUCUGCCUGUGAGUGUAUCAGAACCCGAAGUCCCUGAAGUUCUCCCACCAUCCCUGCAGGGUAUUGAGGAGUUGUCAGAGGCUGUGGCAGGGCUGACCACUGUGGAAGAGGUCAUGAAGUAUCUGGAGCCAGAGCGAUGGCAGGUGGAUAUGGAGGAGUUGUACAAACCUACAUGGCAUGUGCUGGGGAAAUCUUUUAUCCAUAAUAAGAAAGCCAGAGGAGGAGUUGAUCUUAAUCUAUUAAGGGAGGAAGUUCGACUGUACAGCUGCACUCCACGCAACUUCUCUGUGUCCUUGCGUGAGGAGCUAAAGAGGACAGAUGUCAUUUUCUGGCCAACCUGCCUCCUGGUGAAACGCUGUGGUGGAAACUGUGCCUGCUGCUCCCACCGCUGCUACGACUGCCAGUGUGUUCCCACCAGGGUCACAAAGAAAUACCAUGAAGUUCUGCUGUUGAAACACCGAAGCGGUGGCAGAGGCCUGCAGAAGUCCAUGACUGAUGUUCCCUUGGAGCACCAUGAGGAGUGUGCCUGUGUGUGUAAAGAUGACUGGGACUGACCUCAGACAUGUGUAAUAGCUGCCACUGGAAUCACACAGAACGUUGAAUGAACCUCUGUCGUUGAUGCAAUGUUCUAUUUCUCAUCCACUUCCACUGGAAGCUAACAAGAUUCUCCCUUCAUCCUGUUGUCCUUUCGCUAAUUGGAUUAUCGAGAACAGACUGGAAUCUAAUAAAUCUCCUGGAUGGAUUUGACUGCUGUGGAAUACUAAUAUUGUACUCUGAGUGCAUUUUAGAGAGACAAAAAGUAACUGGAGCAGAUUUGGACUAUUACCUAUGUGCUCUGAACACUAUAUUCUUCAGCUCCUCAGAGAUAAGAACAGUGAGGCAUUUUGCCUCUUCUUGGGGUCUUUUUUAAAGUUCAGCCAGCAUGGGCUGAUACUGUCUUGGAACAUGGGAGAGUAUGUACUUAAAAGUGAGUUGGCUCCAGUUGCCAUGCUCCCCCUGCCCCUCAAUUAUUACCAUCAAGGCAUAGAAAGGUGCAUUUUCAUGAGCAGUUUUCCUUUGCCCCUCUCUGUUUUUACCACAGAUUUAAUUUGUGGUGAAACAGAGCCAUAUCAUCGCUGAAAUGCCCUGCUAAUAAGACUGUAUUAUGUGUAAAUAUUUCAUUUACAUUUCUUUUCUGUACUAUCGUGACUUUUCUACCAAAGAUUCUCAAGGAGAGGAUGAACUUGGACAUGUAGAAUCAGUUAGCAGUUGUUCAUUACAACUCUUCAUUCGACCCAUCUCAGCAAUGUCAAAUCUGCUUGCUUCAGGAAUGCCUAGCGUCAAGCAAUUCUUGCUACAUUUCGUAUUGCUCAUAUUAAAUAUUUAUUUGUUUAAUUAAAGUGGAGUUUAGGUCCAAAAUGUCUUGUUUGCUACAUGUGUCACUGUACGGUAGUAUUAGCCUCCAGUUUUCAUUGUUAGUCAUUUUACAUUGUGCCAUGGAUGUUUUCCAUUUUCUGUAUGCCAAAGUUAUUCAUCUUUACUUUUGCAAUAACUGUAUGUGUUUUUCAUUGUGCUGAACAUCAAAAAUAAAUUCUUCCAUUUCUAA